GUGUUGCGGCUAAUUCCUUAGUUCGCUGUAAAAACACCUUUGCCGAGGAAAAAGGGGGCCCAAAAAAUCAACACCACAGCCUUGCCGUUUCUUCUUCGUUUCCCCUCUUUUAACCCUAGACCCUUUUGAAUUUGGACCGUCUCAUCCAGAGGUGGAUCCAUGAUUUCAUGAGGAUGAAUGCACAUGGCGGAUCACUGAUUUAAAUUUGACGGAUUAACUCUUAGACUUAUAUCUAUCUGCAGCUGGAUGAGUGAUUCCUCUCAAGUUCUCCCUCUCUCUGCCUCUCCUGCAACCCGUGGCAUGUUCCUCCGCACUUGCGUGGUUUUCUAUCAGAAGUUGAAGGCCUUGGUUUCAUCUUUUAAGACUUUUAGAUGGGCGCUGCCAGGGAUAUAUGGUGGUCGUUCAACCGCUGAGCCUCUCGUAGAAGGUUAUGACUAUUUGUGGUAUGCUUUUACUACCAUUCCGUUCGGGUGCUUGGCCGCUGCCUUCCUGCUGUUAGGGGGUACUGAUCAUCUGUUAAUUUUUACCUUCGGGAUUUGCCCGGGUUGUGGCUAUAUACUUCAUAUCAAUGUGUUGUACUCUGUUGUUUAUUGGCAUCGCGACAUGCCUUUCCGUUUAAUUGGUGCCAAGGCUAAAUUUAUGAUCGAGGCCAUUCCUCUGGUUACUGCUGCAGCCUUGCAUCACCUUUUGGAGUUCAAUUAUGGGUAUCUCACUCUAUUAGUAAGCUGCACCGGAUAUUUCUAUACCUAUGCGCACUUCUUGCGCGUAGCAUAUGAUAUUAAGGGAAUAGAUGUAAUGUUGGGAUUAGUAAUGCAGGUUCUUACUUACAUGUUGAACGUAGGAUUAUUAGCUAGAGCUUUAGUUUUGAGCUUCUGCUUUGGUAUAUGUUUCUAUAGAUACGUGAUGUAUUGUGCUCCUGAACUUCCUGCUCAUGAUAAAAAGGAGUUGGAGCAGCUGCCUUGUUGAUUUGAAUUAUCUUGAGUAUAAGUUAAUUGAGUUAUUUUCUCUC